UAAACUAGAUUAUUUCUUACAACUUAAUUUCUGUGUACUUCUAGACUGGAUAAACUUUAUUAUCUAACCGACAAAAUUCGAACAAUAUUGCAAAAUUAUUAGAUUAAUACUAAAUGGUGUAUUUGAAAUUAUUAUUAUAAUUUUAUUUAUCCCAAAUGUUGGAAUAAAAUUUUUCAAAAUUUCUAUAUUAAUAUACCGGCUUGGACGAAACGUAUUUAGAGAAAUAUAUGUACAUAUAUAUAUUAAUAAAAGCAAUGAAGUAUAUCAGUUGAUAACAGGCACAAACAAUAAUUUGCACCUGCAUUGACGUUAUUGUAACAUGGUGUCAUUUCGCACCGAUGUCGCAAUUACAGUUAAAUAACGCAGUAGCCAUCUAUUUAUUAUAAACUAUAUAUUAGAAGCUUGCAUUGAGAGCUGGAAAUAUGAAGGAAUGGUUAAAAAUCUCGUGCAUACUUUGCUUAUUCGGAUUUCUACGUGAAGUAAGACCUUCUGAAUCUUUCAUUACAGAAUUUUUACUUGGACCAUGGCGUAACAUAACCCAAGAUGAGGUAAAUCGUCAAGUCUAUCCUGUGGGUACAUAUUCCUAUUUAGCUCAGCUGGUAGUCGUGUUCCUAAUGACGGAUUUUUUACGGUAUAAGCCCUUAAUAAUUGCUUGUGGUGUAACUGGUUGCGUUGUGUGGAGUAUGCUUUUGUGGACUAGUUCAUUGGAGGCGCUGAAAGUGUUGGAAUUUUUUUACGGUACUUACAUGGCUACUGAAGUAGCUUACUAUACAUACAUUUAUGCUAAAGUUGAUAAAAAGUAUUAUCCUCGGGUAACAUCGCACACAAGAGCCGCUAUGUUUUUAGGUAAGCUGGUGGCCGGAACUUCAGCGCAAGUGUUAAUAAUUCUAAAAGUUAUGAACUAUAGAGACUUGAAUUACAUUACGUUCGCAACGCAGAUUGCAGCCACUUUAUGGGCUUUGUUCUUACCGAAAGUCAAAAAUAGUUUGUAUUUUCAUCACCAUGAUUAUCUUGACGGCCAGUGUUCAACAGAGAGUCGAAAUCAUGAUACGAUAGAUGCCGGAGAUGCAAAGUCACAAAGCCAAGUUAAUGAAGGUUUAAUGCCACUCAAAGCUACCUCCUUGUUAUGGUUGCAUUUUUAUAAUGCCUACACUAACGUAAAAGUGCUUCAAUGGUCCUUAUGGUAUGCAAUGGGUUUAUGUGGUUAUCUCCAAGUUAUUUCCUAUAUACAAGUCUUGUGGAAAGAUAUAAAACCAGACUCCUCAAUUGCUUGGAAUGGAGCAGUUGAUGCUACGCUUACCGCUUUAUCUGCAAUUUUCGCUUUAGGAGCUGGUUACAUGCAUACUGGACUUUUAAAGCCCCAUAUAUUAGUUUUAGCCGUCUUGUCAUCAUUGAAAGGUGGAGCCAUUUUAUUAUGCUGUCGAAGCGAUAACAUCUUUCUUUCCUACGUAGGUUUUGUAGUCUUUGGUGCUUUGUAUGCAUUUACCAUAACAGUAGCGAGUGCUGAAGUAGCCCGUCAUUUGGAGGAAGACAGUUUCGGUUUGGUUUUUGGCAUUAACACACUGUUGGCUUUGAUCUUCCAAACUAUCAUCACUGUUGUGGUUAUUUCAGACACAGGAUUCGCCUUAACAGUAAAGGGUCAAUACACUGUUUAUGCAUUUUAUUUUAUCAUCAUCGGUGUAGUAUAUUUUUUGUGCGCUCUGUGGAAUCUUCUGAUAGUUAAGAGUAUUAGAGACAAUAUUAAUCUAUCAUCAUAGGAAUAGUGCGUGAAUAAUAAGAAGCAUACUCUAGCACAAAGUUGCCGUAAAAAUUUUUCGUUGAAAAUCUUAUUAUUAUAUAUAAAUAUUUCCAGAUUUAAGUACUUAACUUUCAAGUAGUGAUAGCAGCUUUUAUAACAUUUACUUGAUGAUGAUUUAGUGUAUCUUGCACCUAUUGCAUAUGUGAAGACACAUUUCCUCUCAAUUUGUGAUUUUGUCUAUUUUUCUAUCAUAUAUUAUGAAUAUUUUAUUGUAAAAAAAAUAAUAAUCAGCAUACUACAUUAGAUGUGGAAAUAA